CGGGAAUGUGUAGCAGGCAGGAACCAAUGAUGUGAAGCGGGUUGUACGUAGCCCAGCCCAGACAGAGGCAAGAGGGAAAGCAGAGAGGCGCACACUCACAAACACACAGAGCGCAAUAGACAGGGAAAGGUCCUGGUAGCAGUGGGAGGGGGACAUUGGCAGGACUCAUUGCCGGAGCGUCUACGUUCCAGCGGUAACACGACGUCUUGAGAGCUGAGAUCUGGGCUCUGCGACCGAGCACGGAUUAGUAGGGCGGCGCUGUGAGUCUGGAAAGCACCGUCUCUCCCAGUCCGGGAACGUGGCCCAGAGGCGCCCUCGCCCCGUGGAUUUACCUCCCUGUGGUUUAUUCCCCGUGGAUAUAAUCGCCGACAAUAUGUUGAGCCGCGGGGGGGUUUACGCCGUGAAAAAGAGGAAGAAACCCGUGCAAAAGAGCCCCAAGCCGUCUCCCGUCGACAGCGUGAAGUCCAAUCCGUCCAAAAGGCACCGGGACCGUUUGAACUGCGAGUUGGACAAACUGACCAACCUGCUGCCCUUCAACGACGAUAUCCGCGCCCGGCUCGACAAACUCUCCGUGCUGCGCCUCAUCGUCGGCUACUUGAAAGCCAAGAGUUUCUUCAGCGCCAAAAUGAAGAAAAACAAGGCCGGCUGGAUGCCAGACAAGCUCGAUAACUUCCACGAGAACAGACAGCUGAGUGGUCAGAUGAACGUACCCUUAUUUUCUGAGGGAGAAUUAUUGUUGGAGGCUCUGAAUGGCUUUAUUCUGGUUGUCACCGCUGAAGGAUAUGUGUUUUACACAUCCUCCACCAUCCAGGAUUAUCUUGGCUUCCACCAGUCGGACGUGGUGCACCAGAGUGUGUAUGAGCUGAUCCACACGGAUGACCGGCCCUUGUUUCAGCGGCAGCUCCACUGGGCCCUCAAUCCACCCGCAUGCCAAGAUCCCAGCCCCCACAACGACACCAUUACAGAGGGCAGCAACCUUUGUCCCACCGUUAUCACUUAUGAUCCUCAUCAACUUCCUCCUGAGAAUUCCUCUUUCAUGGAGAGGAAUUUUAUAUGCAGAUUCCGAUGUCUUUUGGACAAUUCGUCAGGCUUCCUGGCGCUGAACUUCCAGGGACGGCUGAGGUUCCUCCACGGACAGAACAGGAAGGCUGAGGACGGCACUCCCAUCCCACCGCAGCUGGCUCUCUUUGCCCUGGCCACUCCCCUCCAGGCCCCCUCCAUCCUGGAGGUCCGGAUCAAGACUCUCAUCUUCCAGACCAAGCACAAAUUGGACUUCACUCCAAUGGCGUGUGACACCAAGGGGAAGUUUGUACUGGGCUACACGGAAACCGAACUGUGCAUGCGAGGCACCGGUUAUCAGUUCAUUCACGCGGCUGAUAUGAUGUACUGUGCUGACAAUCAUGUGAAGAUGAUUAAAACCGGGGAGAGCGGGAUGACAGUCUUCAGGCUGCUGACCAAGCAAAACAGUUGGGUUUGGGUCCAGGCCAAUGCCAGGUUGGUCUACAGAGGAGGCCGGCCCGACUCCAUCAUUUGCAAGCAGAGGGCCUUGACGAACGAAGAAGGUGAGGAGCACUUGCGUAAACGAUCCAUGGGGGUCUCCUUCAGUUUCGCCACAGGUGAGGCCGUCCUGUAUGAGAGCCACCUGUUGCAUUUGGAUCCAUACUUGGUGAAGGGGAACAGUGUCAAGAUUAAGAAGCCGAACUGUGUGGAGCAGAAAAAUGGGGUCGAUCCUGACUCUCUCCUGGGAGCCUUGAUGACUCAGAACAUAUCUGCAUACGCUUCUCACCAGGAACCGGAGUUUAAUGUGGACAGCGCCUUCACAGAUGACUUUGCCAUUCUGAAUGUACCUGGGGACUUCUGCCAGAUCACCAAUGGUGUCAGGAAAGAUUCCAAACAACAGGAGGCGCUCCAAGGCCCGGAUGACCCACUGGCAACAAUUAUGGAUAUUCUGUUGGAGAAAAAUAUCGAUGAAAAUAACCUCUGCGACACUCUCCAGAACCUGGAUGUGGACGUGGAGCAGGCAGAGUUGGAGCAGUGGGAAAAGGCUUUAAUGAAAAUGGACAGCAGCCCUCCCAAUCCAGAUGAUCUGAAUGAAAUCUUCACCACAGAUUUUAUAUUGUCAUGUGUUGAGGACAUGCUAUCAAACGACAACUCAAAAGCGAAUGAGUUUCCACACGUUGGGCUGGACUGCACAGCAGGAAACGUAAUUGAGCCAGCUCAACAAAAAACAUUUAGAUCCAUAGAACGUAAGCCAUUUGGAUUUAAUACCCAACACCCAGUAAUAUCCAGCUCUCAAGGCUCAAUGAUAGCUGGUGUCCAGAACCCAGUGUUGGCUGGUACACAGAACUCAGUAAUGGCUGGUACACAGAACUCAGUAAUGGCUGGAACGCAGAACCUAGUAAUGGCUGGUGAUCAGAACCCAAUGACGGUUGGUGCCCAGAACCCAAUAUUGGUUGGAACGCAGAACCUAGUAAUGGCUGGUGUUCAGAAACCAAUGACGGUUGGUGCCCAGAACCCAAUAUUGGUUGGAACGCAGAACCUAGUAAUGGCUGGUGUGCAGAACCCAAUAUUUGGUUCCCAGAACCCAAUAAUGGCUGGAACGCAGAACCUAGUAAUGGCUGGUGCCCAGAACCCAAUGACGGUUGGUGCCCAGAACUCAAUGAUGGCUGGUGCACAGAAUCCAGUGAUGGUUGGCAUCCAAAACCCAGUGAUGACUGGCAUCAAGAACCCACAGAUCACUGCCUGUCAAGCCCCAGUACUGCCAAAUCCUCAGAAGGCACUAGUUUCUCAGCCACUCUACACAACAUCAUUCCGGCCUCUAACUGCUCGAUGCUCCGACCAGCAAAAUAAUAUCCAAUCCAGAAAUCAGAAUGCGCUGGGAUCUUUCCCACAAACUUUUUCUGGAAUGAACUCGGGUAGUCCUUUGGCAUCUGAUACACUGAGCCCCAUUUCACAUGGCCCUCAAAAACCACGCAGGACUGCUGCAGUCAACAUGCAGCAAAAACACAUGGGGAGUGUGUCACCUGUACUGAUGCUACAAAGGGAUUUGCAACAGUCCUUGCAGCAGAGGCCUGAGUAUUUGGGAGUCAAUAGGCAGCAGGAGAGGUGCUCUGUAAAUUUAGCACAGCAACAAUUCUCGCAGGGGGCAAAGCUGCAGAAUGAGCAGCGGGUUUCCAAGCAGCCAUAUGCGCAAGAGCCCAUGCAUCACCUCCUGCCACAGUCUUUGUACAGUUUGGUGCAGGACACCACGGACAAGGUUUCCACUGCCACUUACCUGGAUCAGAGCAACACCAAUUGGCUUCACUACAGCUGCAAUCUGGCUGUCGACCAAAGGACCUCAGUGAACCAUCUCCCAGUGAGGACAAUUACUAGCGGCAGCAGCAGCUGCAUGUUUGCCUCAUGUGAAUACCAAAGUUGUGCACCAAUUACUAGGAAUGGACUGUCGUUCCCAGGCAUUGACAGCACUGUCCAGAAACCUCCAUACAGUAAGGUUAAGAUAUCUCCAAAUCACAGUCCUUUGCGGCCAACUUGUUACUAUGAGAACGAGCCGGCUAAUUCUCUGGUGGGGCCCUCAGUCAUGCCCAACGGGGAGCAGAACACUUAUCAAUCUUCCUGUCAGUUUGAGCCAAAUUUCAUUCAUCUGUCGGGGAAUUCUGUCUGUGAAAUUCCAACGGGUCCAGUCUCCUGGAAAUACAACAAUCAGUUCAAGCAGGGAGAAGCUCUGAAUUGAGGGAACAAAACAUUGGUGUCUCUACUCUUCUGUUUUCCCAAGAGGUCUGGGCCGUCCUCUGCUUGUAUGUGAUUGGACUGAGGAAGUCCAAUACAACCUUUUUGGACCCAUGGUGCAGAAAUGUUUGACAGUGUUUGCUAUAAACCGGACUUUCAAAUAAAGGAGAAAGUAACUGAAGUUGCAAAUCCAGUGUAAAACAAUGCUGUUUAUUGUAAGCAUUGGUUUAUCCACAUGUUUUAUGAUUGAUUUUUUUCUAUUGCUCUGUACAAAAUAUUAACUUUUAUAUUUUUAUAUCAAACGCGAUGUAAAUCCUUUGUAUCGAUGUUGCUCGUAUUGUCGCGAGCUAUGCUCUUCAUCUUUUUUGACAAGAUGAUAGUUUUAAAGCUCACUGAUGUGUUUGUGUGUGCUUUGUUCAUUGAGGACCUUUUAAUGAAGGAGAUGUCUAGAGGGUCUCUCCCCAAGAGCAGUCUUCCCCUUAGAAUACUUUAACUAAGUGCUAAGUAUUAAUCGAAAAGCAAAGACAUUUACCUUUGAGCUUAAAAAUCUAUGUACAGAAGUGCUGUAGCAGGCAGGUAUCACCCAGGUUGGUGACAGUGAGACAUCGGUUUGGAGUUCGCUCGGUAAAACACUCAAUCUUCUGAAGUUGAAGCUUUUUUUAAAAGAACAGAAACAUUUCAACUUUUUAAGCUAUUUAUGUAUUAAAUCAAUACCCCAAAGAUGAGAAUUGUGUAUAACGUAGUGUAUGAGAAAGAUUGUGUUUUGAUAUGACAUGUAUCACAAUAAAGAACCUAUCUGUUAUUCUGCUGUCUGGGGUACCAACCCAGACUCUUUUCAGCUGUGUGCGUGAUACUAUUUCCCAGUCAGUUUAUUUGCUGCCUUUUACUAAAAUGUUAUCCUGUUUUAUAAGUGUCUAACACAUUUAGCUGUUGACAAAUUGUAUUGUUUUGCUUAACAUUAAAAUUCCUUUCGGGGAGGUAAACCAUAA